UCUUCUCAAUCAAAUCUCUCUCUCGAAUCCUUAAAGCAAAUUUUCAAAACUUUCUCUUCGUUUCGAAUUUACUCAAAAGAAAUGGCUCGUACCAAGCAGACGGCAAGGAAAUCCACCGGAGGAAAAGCCCCAAGGAAGCAACUGGCGACAAAAGCGGCGAGGAAAUCAGCUCCGGCGACCGGAGGAGUGAAGAAGCCACACAGAUUCCGUCCCGGAACCGUUGCGCUAAGAGAGAUCAGGAAGUAUCAGAAGAGCACUGAACUUCUGAUCCGCAAGCUUCCGUUCCAGCGUUUGGUCCGUGAGAUCGCUCAGGAUUUCAAAACGGAUCUGCGUUUCCAGAGCAGCGCCGUCGCAGCUCUCCAGGAAGCGGCGGAGGCUUACCUCGUUGGUUUGUUUGAAGACACCAAUCUCUGUGCGAUUCACGCUAAGAGAGUCACCAUCAUGCCUAAGGAUAUUCAGCUGGCGAGGAGAAUCAGAGGCGAGAGAGCUUGAAGAAGAAGAGACUAGAUCUGUGAUCGAAUCGUUUUCUGCUAUAUGUCUUAUCUUAUGUAUAUCUUUUGUUUUCUCUAAUUUCGUGUUCCUAGAGUUUGAUUAGGUCUUCUUGCGUUUAUGUUGUUCGAUGAAAUGCCUCAAUGAGUUUUAAAUCAAA